AUGGAGACGACGAAGGGAGAAACGCGGAGAGGAAAGGAUGAGACGAAGGACGAAGCCUUACCGGAUUUUUCCGGCCUCCCUCGAGAGAUCAUCACUGAUGUUUUUCUUCGAUUGCCGGCCAAAUCUGUUGGGCGAUUCAGGUGUGUUUCUAAGCCUUAUUGCUCUAUGUUGUCGGAUCCUGGAUUCGCUAAGAGACAUCUCGCUUUAGCCCUUAAGAAAGAUUCCGGCUGUCAGAAGCUCGUCGUUCCUUCACGGAAUCUACACUCCGUGGACUUGGAUUCGAUCGGUGAUGGUUGUGAAGGAACUAUGGUUUUGUCUGGUGUUAAAGAUCAUCCGAAAGAUGGUUUGGAAUCGGUUUCAGUAGACUGGGUAGAGAUGAUUGGAUCGUCCAACGGCUUGGUCUGUGUCUAUUCUCAGAAAGGAUCGUCCAACGGCUUCGUCUGUGUCUAUUCUCCGAAAGGCGGUGCCUUUUUGCAUAACCCAACGACCGGAGAAUCCAAAAGAAUACCUGAAUCUAUGCUAGACAUUGUGCACGCAUGUAGACAUUUUGGGUUUGGCUUCGAUACUUUGACUGAGGAUUACAAAGUUCUGAAGUUUGUUGCUAGUGACGAAGGUUAUCGCAGUGUUGAUGUCUACUCUUUGAAGACAGACUCGUGGAAGCGUAUCUCUGGUCUGCCUUAUAAGCGCCUCGGUUGCAAUCCCGGCGUGCAUUUCAACGGUGCCAUCAACUGGGUUGUCAAACUUCACAAAGGUCAUAACCCCAAGCGAGUGGUGGUGGCGGCAUUUGAUCUUAAGACAGAGAAGUUCCGUGAUAUUCCAUGUCCUGAUGAGGUUGAGGAUUGCAAGUACCUCAAGGCUGCUACUCUUAAGGGACGUCUAUGUCUGGUUUACGACAGCUUUGAUAAGCACGACGAUAUAUGGGUGAUGAACGAAUAUGGCCUCGAGAGUUCAUGGACUAAGAUUCGACUUAGCAUGUCCUACAGAUCCAUGACACCACUCUGGUCGGCCAAGAAUAGCGAGGAGGUACUUCUACAGCUUGAUGGGAAGUUUGUCUUGUACAACUUUGAGUGCAAAACCUGUAGGAAUCUGGAAUUCAGCAAUGUUACAUUCCGCAAGAUGUUUGUGGCCAGUACGUAUGAAGAGAGCCUCAUAUCACCCAACUCGUAUGGUAAUGCUUAG